AUGGCGAAAGUGCCAACUCGUCAAUUAGGAAAAACCGGUCCUCAAGUUUCAGCAAUUGGUUGUGGAGCAAUUGUUUUCUCAGCAGAUCAUUCUGAUGCAAAACUUUCUAAUCUCGAAGUAUUUCUUGGCAUAAAAUUUGCACUUGUAAUGUCUCCUGAAUUAAAAACUUACACAGUUCGUGGUGAUGCUCAAUAUGUUCAUGAAGCAUGUGAAAAAAGUUUAAAACGUCUUGGUCUUAGCUCAGUCGAUCUUUAUUAUGCACAUUGUAUCGAUAAAACUGUGCCCAUUGAAGAAACUGUCGGUGCUAUGAAAGAACUUAUUAAUGCUGGUAAAGUUAAAUAUCUUGGUCUAUCUAAUUGUUCAAGUGAUACACUUCGACGAGCACAUGUUGUUCAUCCAAUUGGAUGUGUAGAAAUUGAAUACUCACCAUUUAGUCUCAAUAUUGAAUGCAGUGUUGCCACCUUUUGA